AUGCCUUUCACCCCAGCAAAAGUAGAGAAGUGUGUACGUUGUGACAAAUCGGUUUACGCUGCCGAAAGGAUGGAAGCCGGUGGGAAUAUCUGGCACAAGCGUUGUUUUUGUUGUUCAAAAUGUGAUAUGCUAUUGAAUUUAAACAAUUAUAAUCAAAGUGAUCGAAUUCUGUAUUGUAAAAAACAUUUCCAAGAAGAGGUUUUGGCUAAAAAUACCCAAACUCCAAUCUAA